AUGGCCAUGUCAGGUGGUCGAGAUGUGAUGACCCGGGCCGAGAGGUUCGAGGACGAGAAGCGGCGCAUCAUCGACAGCUGCUUCAACAAGAAAGACGAAGAUGGCUCAAUCUUGGAGACAUACAUCACCCACCUCAAAAUCACCGAGUUCUCGAGCUAUCCGACCAGCCCCCCUCCUCCCCAGGCGAGAACACCACAAGCGGAGAAGCCCCGAGUUAUCAUUGUCGCCGUCCGAAAGUCCGGCCGGGUGCGCAUGCACAAGUCCAAAGAGAACCCUAACGGCACGUUCUCAAUAGGAAAGACUUGGAAUCUCGAUGACUUGACCGCCAUCGAGUCCUUCACCGGCCAGAAUGUGCCCCCGGACUUUCGGCAAUGGGCCGGAGAUGUUGGCUUCAUCGUUACUCUCGGGAAGCCGUACUACUGGCAGGCCCAGACCGACAAGGAGAAGAAGUUCUUCAUCGCCAGUCUGGUCAAGAUCUACGGAAAAUACACCGGCGGACGCGUCCCCUCCCUAUCCAAUUUCGACCAACGCGAAUUAGAUCAAGUCCUAGGCGGCGCAUCAAGACGAGGAGUCCUACCUCCACAGCCCUCCCCCCUACCACAGCAGCAAUCGCUCUCCCCAGGUCGCCCACCUGUACCUGGCUCGUUCCCUAGCGAAAGCGGUGCCAGUGUCCUGAGUGGCGCGUCUUCAUACAGCGCAACACCCACCGCGCAAACAGAGUUCCGACCACCUUCGCGAAGUCCCCUGCCUCCCACUGGCACUUCGCCGUCCGCUCCACAAACCCCAAGCGAGCCGCCGCCUGAGCCCGAAGACAUGCGCCCGGGUCUGGGACCUAUGAUCAAGGCUAAGAAGUCUAAAGGAGAUAUUGCUGGCGCUUUCUGGAAGGCAGCAGCUGCCGCCAGUGCGUUCAAGCCGCGACCUGGCGGAGCCGCCGAGAAGCUGAGGUUAGCACAGAACAAGUCGGUCGAUGGACCGGAUGGUAUUACGGCUGUUGUUCCUGCGCCACCGCGGCCUAUCUCAGUUGAAGCACCGACGACCGAGCCACCAGAUAAAGCCGUGGAACGAACUUCAGGGAUACCAGAAGUGAAGGUCACUGUUCCCAAUUCGAGUCGACCAACAAGUCUGCAAGCGGCGGCCAAAGCGGUGCAGAAAACUGUCGAGAAGCCCGUUGAAAAGCCUGCUGAGCCUGAGGUUAAAGAGGAGGCACGUCGAUCUGUCGUGGUAGGCAAUGACGUGAAGUAUCUCGCCACUCUCGGCAUCGAUCCGACUAUUAUGGACAAUCGUAGUGUCGAGUUCACGAAAUACCUCGACUACUUCGGUUUCGUACCAGGAGACAAGAUGCGACUUCUCAGUUAUGAUGAUUUGAAGAUCGACAUCGAUCGGGAAGUCAACAAGGCUCAAGCUGGAGGCUGGUUGGCUCGCUUCCGAGAAGAAGAUGAGAGAGUCGAUGCUAUUAAGUCUGGCAUCGAUACCACCAUCGCCGAGUGCGAAGAGCUAGACAAUCUUCUUACUUUAUAUAGCGUGGAGUUAUCUACUCUUGCCGAUGAUAUUGCCUAUAUCGAGGCACAAGGUCAAGGCCUCCAAGUACAGGCUGCAAAUCAAAAGCUGCUCAAGAAGGAACUCGAGUCGCUACUAGAUACGUGCGCCAUUACGAUUGAUGACCUACAAGCAUUGCGAACGGCACCAAUGGACAGUGUUGCCGGCAUCGAAGAAAUCGAGGCCGCGCUUGUAACCCUAUAUACAGCCAUGAUGAAGAUCGACCCAAGUAUGGGCGUUGGCGAGACAAGGAAGAGUGCCGAUGCCACUAGCGACCCGGCUAUCGACUUCAAUAGUGACUUUGGAAAGAUGCGCAUUGUCCAGGAGAAAAAGGAGAUGUACAUGUCUGAAAGCUCUACGUUUAUACGUCGCUUGGUAGAUUUUAUGGCCAGGCAGUUCGACGAUGCCUACCGGGAAACCAAGCGAGCUCUGGACAGCGCCCUCGCGAAGAAGGUUGACUCCCGUCAUCAUGAUGCCGGCCGAGACUUGCUGUGGAAGUACGGCCCGCUGAUGCUCUACGCAAGAGACACCGAUUUAGAGAACUGGAACAGGAUCUUGCAGAUCUACCAAGAAAAGAGCAACCCAUUAUACAAGAGCGAAUUCAGGGAGGUUCUGGAGUCAUGGAAGCGGAAUGCUAGGAAGGCAACUGGCGAGGAGAAGGAGCUUCUCUUCACUACUGAGCAAGAGAAGAAGGAAGAAGGCAUCGCCACUACUGCAAGGAAGCUUACCGUUAAGCGAAGCCAGACAUUGGCAAAGGCCAUUCGCUCGCCUCUGAGCGAAAGUCGGAUGAAUGUCGACAAGACUUCAGACAGCAGAAGCAUGCCGUAUGAAGUGUUUGCAGGUGUUCUAGAUGAUCUUAUUCCUCUGGUAGAGAUGGAACAAAACUUCAUCGUGGACUUCUUUCACGCAACCACUCUUGAUCAGACCGACUUCCCUGAGUCUGUCGCAGCUGUCAGACCACGCAAUCGACGCGGUGGCGACCUGAAGAGACAUAGGCUUAUGGAGCCCGACCGGGAUCUAGCUCGAAGAGUCACACGAUCCAUGGAGUUCAUCUUCGCGUUCGUCGAGGCGGAUUGGUUAACUUUCAUGACCUGGGUUGUGAAGGACGAUCCUUUACAAGGCAUUGGCGUCCUUGCUACGCUAGAACGGAAGCUUUCAAGCAUCGCCCAGUCGAACCAAGACUAUCUGAACAAUGUUCUUCAGAAGCUACAUGGAAAUUUGGAGAUCAUGUUCAAGAAAUUCGUCGAUGAGCAGAUCCGCGCCAUCGAAGAGACGAAGGUCAAGAUCAAGAAGCGCAAGGGUGUCAUCUCCUUCAUGCGUGUCUUCCCACUCUUUUUGACCGCUGUUGAAAACAUGCUGGGUGGCAUGGAGAUGAACUCAAACGUGCGACGCACCGUCGACCGCGAGUACGACCGCAUCUUGAAGUCCAUGUUUGAUUCAUUGAUGGUCAUCGCGCGCGAGAACCCGGCUGUCACGGUUGCUGCCGCGGGCUCCGCUGACCCGGAGGACAAGGAAGCUCUCAACUUCCACAUCCUUCUGAUCGAAAACAUGAACCACUACCUAGAAGAAGUGGGCAACGUGGGCGAGAUCGAGGUUCUCGAUGACUGGAGAGAGACGGCAACCUCACAGUUCAACGAGCACAUGGGUCUUUACCUCAACGCCGUCAUGCGCAGACCGCUCGGACGAUUACUAGAGCACCUUGAGAACAUCGAGGCCCAGCUAGCGUCAGGCAAGACUCCCGGUGCUGUCGCAGCCCAGCCCAGCAACUCCAAGUCGACCUUCAACAAGGUCCUCGGCGCCUACGACUCGCGAGAGGUGCGCAAGGGCAUCGAGGCGCUGCGCAAGCGUGUCGAGAAGCACUUUGGCGACGCAGACGACCCGAACCUGAGCAGAGGCCUUGUCAAUCGCGUGCUUAGGGAGUGCGAGAAGUUCUACAGCGACGUGGAGCUACGUAUCUCCAACGUCACGACUAACGUUUAUGGCGGCGAUGUGCUCUUUGAGUGGCCACGGUCAGAUGUGAAGAGCGCGUUCUCGAACAUUGGGAGAUAG